GUAAGACCAUGCAGUGGGUCCCAUGGGAGCUGUCUCAGCAGGCGGUACUAAGUUACCCAGCUGCCAUGCAAAUGAAACUUAUUGCAGGGCCCAGGCAAGCCCUGACUCCCCUACAACGUCAAGAGCGGCUUCAGUUCUUAGCAACACUUCUUUCACUUCCAGCUGAUUCUUUUAGCCGCCAUUCAGUAUCUUUCCUGCAGUGCGCCACCAGUAACAACACGAGCUUCAAUCUUGUAAACCAGCAGCCCGCAUUUGAAGAUUUGUAAAGCAAGCUCCAUAACCUUCGCCCACGUCCACUGCUCUCUGUAUGAAGUGCGCGCAAUACCACGCGCUCACAGGUAUCCAGUAGAAUAGACGCUCAAGUUUUCAUUACUGGAGGUCUGCAGCUUACUGCAGCAUUGCAUCAUCCUUCCGCCACAGCAGCCGCCGGCGCCAGCUCAGCGACAUCUGCAAUCUAGAGGAAGUCGUCAAAUCAUUGUUGCUUGCAGUUUUGAAUAACAGCCCCACGCCUUAGCUACAGAUGGAGAAAUAAACAAAGCCCACAUACUAAACAGGCUGGUGAGGAUGUGCACAUUCUCCUGAGAGCCUCCAGCUUAUCAUUGUCAACGAGCUCCCUUGCUCUCCGCUUGUGUUCUGAAUCUAGUCGCCAGCAUGACGGUGUCAGAGAAGGGGGCCCAGCCCAAGAGGCAGGUGACUGACACUGGCGAGCUGCGGCUGCGUCAGCUGGGAUACAAGCAGGAGCUGUCCAGAACAUUGAAUACGAUGGUUAACUUUGCGGUCAGCUACACCAUCAUCGGCGUCCUGAUGGGCAUUACUGGGCUGUAUUCCCUGGGCUUUGAGUACGGCGGCCCCGUCUCGGUGGUGUGGGGCUGGGUGGUGGUCAGCUUCUUCACGCUCUUCAUCGCGGCCUCCAUGGCGGAGAUCUGCAGCAGCUAUCCGACGGCGGGUGGCCUCUACUUUUGGUCCUACAGCCUCGCCGGUCCAAAGUACGGCCCGCUCUGCUCGUGGCUAACCGGGUGGUUUAACUACCUUGGGUUUGUGUGCGGGAUGGCGGCCAUCGACCAUAUCGGCGCCACCAUUAUUUCCACCAUGGUUGUGCUUAACACCGGAACCGGGUUAGAUGGCGGUUAUGUCGCAAGCAAGGAGGUCACUCUGGCAUUCUUGGCGGGCAUCCUCGUUUUGCAGGCAAUCAUCAACUCGUUCCACGUCAACGUACUUGCGUUUGUCGAGAAGGCCGCCCUGUACAUCGAGGUUGGCGGCCUCAUCAUCAUUGUGGUUACUCUCUUCUCCGUUGCUGACCGACGGCAGUCUGCCAAGUACGUCUUCACACACUACGAGCCCGCCGUCGAUACGGGCGUCCACAAUUCCUUCUACGUCUUCCUCUUGGGAAUGCUCAUGAGCAGCUUCACGCUGCUUGCAUAUGACGCCGCCACUCACCUGACGGAAGAGACCGUUGGCGCCGACUGGACGUCGCCAGUCAGCAUCGUUAGCGCAGUUGCCACGGCUGCGGUCGCAGGGUUCAUCUACAUCCUGACCCUGACCUUCUGCAUCCAGGAUCCCGCCACUCUUCUCGACCCUGGCAAUGCGACGGCCGGGCUAAGCGCGGCCGCGCAGAUCUUCUACGACGUCUUUGACAGCGCCGGCAAGAGCCCCAAGGGCGUGAUUGCUCUGCUCACGAUCCCGCUUAUGGCCAGCUACUUCAGCGGGAUGAGCCAACUGGCGGCGACCUCGCGAGUGCUGUUCGCGAUCACGCGCGACAAGGCCAUUCCCUUCAGCGGCUUCCUCCACUGGACGCAUCCCAAGUCGAAGACGCCCAUCGUGGCGGUCUGGGUGUCCGCGGCGCUCGCCUUCUGCUUCGCGCUCUUUUCGCUCAAGAGUUACAUCGCAUUUACUGCGGUGACGUCACUCAGCACGAUCGGGUCCAUGACCGCGUACGGCAUUCCCAUUUUCCUGAAGCAGCUCUUCCCGCACAACUUCCACCCGGGGCCCUUCAACCUCGGCAGAUUCAGCCCCAUCGUUGGAUGGGUCGCGAUUAUUUACAUCGUCUUCAUGGUCGUUGUCUUCUGCCUUCCCACGUACUAUCCGAUCGACAGCAACACGCUGAACUACGCCCCGGUCACUGGCGGCGCCGUUAUCUUGGUCGCCCUCUUCCUAUGGGUGAUUGUCGCCCGGAAGCGGUACCUGGGCCCGGUACGUACCCUCCGAGCGGAGGACUCCAAGACGGACGAGACGUACUCGGGUGGGAACCUGUACCCUGAACCCGUGUACAAGAACGAGUACUCGGUGCACGGCAAAAGCGCCCCGGUGAAGCCAGCCGAGGCGGCCUAGAACGGUCAAUUUGCAGCGUAGAUAACAAAUGUCAGAGUCCAAUCGACGGUUGAGAUUAGAGCGAGCGUGUCAGCCGAAUCAAGGUGUCCUGAAUUUAUUCUAGGCGGCCUGGAAUUAGCACGACCGGGGGGAGGUUAAGGUAACCGGCAGCAGACUAGAUGCGCAUCUGACUGAGAAGAGAGAAAGCGAGAGGCACGACGCCUGCGGGACUACUUGAGUUUCCUAGCGCAAAGGUCUUCCUUUUCUGCAGAGAGGGUUGAGUGUUGACCGAACAAAUUGAAGUGAAAGGGCUCUCUAAGAGCACAAGAGACUGCACAGAGAGUUGAGUGUUGACCAGACGAGUUGAUUGCAGUAGGACACAGGACAGCAAGUACACCAGUCAAAAGAGCGGUCACUUGUUUCAAAACGUCAGCGAGCAGGCUAGAUUGAGAGAACACGACAACGUACUGGCCUGCCUUUACUUGCGAAAGCGAGACUACAUUCGCUUUACUGAGCAAGUACUUCUCCCCAAGGUUACACUAGUGGGCAUGGCCCGUAGGCGGGACAGAACAUAGCUAGCAAGCUGCAUCCUGAUAGCUCAAAUUGCAACGGCAGAUUUUACCGGUCGGAUUAGCGCCCGUGUUUUUCAGUACUGGCUCUCGAGCAGUGACUUUGAUUUGUUCCGUUACAUUCUUCGUCUGUAGCUCGCAAGGAGGACCACGAAUCUCUAUGCAACAUAUUCUGGCGCCGGCAGCUGA